AUGGCGGUGAAAAUUGCGCACCGCGUGGUGUCGCUGCUGCCGGCGGCGACGGAGGCGGUGUGUCUGGUGGGCGGGAAGGACCUGCUCGUGGCGCGCAGCCACAGCGACGACUUCCCGCCGGAGCUCGUACUGCUGCCGGCCGUCACUGCCGCGCGCGUCACGCUCGGCAGCUCCAAAGACAUCGACGACCAGGUGAACAGCCUCGUGGCGUCGGCUCAGGAGCUCUACGAGCUCAAACGGGACAUCCUACAGCGAGUCAAGCCGAGCGUGAUUAUAACGCAGGGGCUCUGCACCGUGUGUGCGAUCAGUGACGACACUGUGCGAGCAGCAGCCAAGGAGCUGGAGCCACGCCCGGAGGUGGUGAGUCUGUCGCCCAUGUCCCUCGAGGACAUUCUCAGUGACAUUGAGAGGAUCGGCGCCUCCAUUGGCCUGGAACAAUCAGCGGAGGUGGCAGUGGCAGAGCUGAGAGCACGUGUGGCAGCAGCAACAGCCAGAGGAGCAGCAGUGGUGGAGAAGGCAGGGGGGUUGAGGCCACGGGUUCUUUUUAUGGAAUGGACGGAGCCAAUAUUCAUGGGGGGGCAUUGGACGCCACAGCUUAUCCACAUGGCAGGAGGGCAGCAUCCUCUUAAUCUUCCAGAUCAACCAACCGGUGCGGCGAGGCCCUCCUUCCGCAUACCACCAGAGGAGGUUGUGAAGAUGGAUCCUGAUUUUAUCAUCGUGUGCCCAUGCGGUUUUGAUAUUCCAACAACCCUGACUGAACUCAAAACGGUGGUGCAAUGCGACUGGUGGAAGGGCCUGAGGGCGGUGCAGCAGGGACAGGUGGUACUGGUGGAUGGGAAUCAGAUGUUCAACCGGUCAGGUCCUCGUGUGGUGGAUGCCCUUGAGUGGCUGGUGGCUCUCUUUGAGGGGCAUCCAGAAGCAGGGCCCAAGGGUUUUCCAUGGCAAUGGUGGAAAUCGGAAGAAGCAGAAUGA